CCUCCACCCGCCGUCUCGGCCGCGGCCGGCAGCCCCUGCCCCCCGGGGGACGCUGACGGCCGCCGGGCGCGCCGCCCUAGCGUACGGACAGGGGGCGCUCCGCGCGGCCUGGGGCAACCCGGGCCACAGGGGCAGGAAAGUGAGGGCCCAGGUCGGCCCGGGCGUGCAGGGGCCCCGGGUUCGCAGCGGUAGCGGCGGCAGCGAUAGCGAUAUUAGCAGCAGCGGGAGCACCAGGUUGAGCCGGGAAGCCGAUGGCGGCGGCGGCGGCGGCUCCGAUUCCUCGCUGACUGCCCGUCCGCCCUCCUGCAUUGAGCGCCAUGUUACCGAGCCAAGCUGGGGCCGCGGCGGCGCUGGGCCGGGGCUCAGCCCUGGGGGGCAGCCUGAACCGGACGCCGACGGGGCGGCCGGGCGGUGGAGGCGGCGGGACUCGAGGGGCUAACGGGGGCCGGGUCCCCGGGAACGGCGCGGGGCUUGGGCCGGGCCGCCUUGAGCGGGAGGCUGCAGCAGCAGCGACAACCACCCCGGCGCCCACCGCGGGGGCCCUCUACAGCGGCAGCGAGGGUGACUCGGAGUCGGGCGAAGAGGAGGAGCUGGGCGCCGAGCGGCGCGGCCUGAAGCGGAGCCUGAGCGAGAUGGAGCUCGGUGUGGUGGUCGGUGGGCCCGAGGCGGCGGCGGCGGCCACGGGGGGCUACGGGCCGGUGAGCGGAGCGGUGAGCGGGGCCAAGCCGGGUAAGAAGACUCGGGGCCGCGUGAAGAUCAAGAUGGAGUUCAUCGACAACAAGCUGCGGCGCUACACGACCUUCAGCAAGAGGAAGACGGGCAUCAUGAAGAAGGCCUAUGAGCUGUCCACGCUGACAGGGACACAGGUGCUGUUGCUGGUGGCCAGUGAGACAGGCCAUGUGUAUACCUUUGCCACCCGCAAACUGCAGCCCAUGAUCACCAGUGAGACUGGCAAGGCACUGAUUCAGACCUGCCUCAACUCGCCAGACUCUCCACCCCGCUCAGACCCCACCACAGACCAGAGAAUGAGUGCCACCGGCUUUGAAGAGACAGACCUCACCUACCAGGUGUCGGAGUCCGACAGCAGUGGGGAGACCAAGGAUACACUGAAGCCGGCGUUUACCGUCACCAACCUGCCGGGUACCACCUCCACCAUCCAGACAGCACCCAGCACCUCUACCACCAUGCAAGUCAGCAGUGGCCCCUCCUUUCCCAUCACCAACUACCUGGCACCAGUGUCUGCUAGCGUCAGCCCCAGCGCUGUCAGCAGUGCCAACGGGACUGUGCUGAAGAGUACAGGCAGCGGCCCCGUUUCUUCUGGAGGCCUCAUGCAGCUGCCUACCAGCUUCACCCUCAUGCCCGGUGGGGCAGUGGCCCAGCAGGUCCCAGUGCAGGCCAUUCAGGUGCACCAGGCCCCACAGCAAGCGUCUCCCUCUCGCGACAGCAGCACAGACCUCACGCAGACCUCCUCCAGCGGGACAGUGACGUUGCCUGCCACCAUCAUGACGUCAUCUGUGCCCACAACUGUGGGCGGCCACAUGAUGUACCCCAGCCCCCAUGCGGUGAUGUAUGCGCCCACCUCGGGCCUGGCUGAUGGCAGCCUCACUGUGCUCAAUGCCUUCUCCCAGGCGCCAUCCACCAUGCAGGUGUCCCACAGCCAGGUCCAGGAGCAAGGUGGCGUCCCCCAGGUGUUCCUCACAGCACCAUCUGGGACAGUGCAGAUCCCCGUUUCUGCAGUUCAGCUUCACCAGAUGGCUGUGAUAGGGCAGCAGGCCGGGAGCAGCAGCAACCUCACCGAAUUACAGGUGGUGAACCUGGAUGCCGCCCACAGCACCAAGAGUGACUGAUCCGCCCUGCCGCCCUGGACAGAUGGCCCAAGGGACGGCACCACUUAUUUAUUGUUGCCUUUUCACGUUUUCUUUACACACAUGUUGACGGGCCGCAGGAGGGAGGCGGGGAGGAGCGUGGGCAGCCACAGGACUGAGCCCUCUCACUCCAGCCAAAGAAAUGGGCCAGCCUGCCCUCCACCCCGGCCUCCCGCCCUCUCCCCCCCUCUAGCUCCGCCUCCCAUUUCUGUUGCCGGUGGGGCUGCCCUCCCUCCUCAGACUCCCCUUGCCAGCUUGGCUCCAUGUUUUCCAUGAGUAUUAGCUUACCCGAUGGGACCGUGCCCCCCACCACCAUCACACACACAGUUCUCUGUGGGACUAGGCACUGUGUCCCCCUGAGGAAGCAGCCGGUGCCGGUGCCGGGGAAGGGGGGGGUUGCCCUCUCCCCAGUCUCCUUGCUGACCCCACAUCAGCACUGUGUCUGCCACAGGCUAGGUCAAAAGAGCCUGCCCCCUGCCCCUCAGGGAGCCAGCUGGGGAGAUGGGGCUUCUUCCUUCAAGCCGGGUCUGUGGCCCCUACAGCUCCUGAGCAGCGGGGCCUGUGCUCCAGCACAGCAGAUUCCCAGGGCGACCUGCCCUGCCCUGCCGCUCCCUUCGGAACUCCAGGGGCUGCUGGCUUGGAGGGAACCACCCGUGUUCCCCUGUCUUCCCCCCUCUCCUCCCAGCUGCUUUACUUAAAGUUGAUUUUGAACUUUUUAUUUGAGGAGACGAAGUGAAAACAAAUCUAUAAAUAUAUAUUUUUAAAAUAUUUAACUUUUUUUUAUGGCGUUUUUCUCGUCCCCCUCCCUGCCCAAGCUCCCCUUCCCUGGGGAGCCCUGAGGCUCCCCGGAACUGGCUGGGCCUCUGGGGACAGAGCCACCCCAUGAGCUUGGGGCUCGCCAGUGUGGGGGGGGAGAUUGCCCGGUCCUGGGUUGUUUCCAGGAGAAAACCGGGGGAGGGGCCCUCAGGCCAUGCCCCAACGGGGUGGGGAGGGUGACCCACAG